ACAAACCUUCGCCGUUCACCGCGGUUGUCCUUACGAUGAUGUGUAGAUGGAGACACGAAUUUUGACGGAUGUUACCUAUAAACAUACGGUUUCGUUUCGGGACUAAGUUUCUCAAUGUUAAGCCUACAGAUAUUGUAUCUAUUGCUUCACACAGUUCCUGCUGUGGAGCGCAGUAACUUUACCAAGCCCUUAAACUUGCCUUGUUGAAUGAGGUUCGAAGUGGCAGGUGACGUUACCUGGAAUCCGGCUCAACUGAUUAAAACUGACUUUGUGACAAUGUUGUGGACAAUUGCACGCUGCAGAAGAUUGGAUCGGCAGAUGUGUGUGUUAUUUUUUGAUUAUAAUAGCCUACCUUUGUGAACAAUAUUGAAGCGUAGAGAGAAGACGGAUGGACACAAGCGUACAGACGGUAGUUUUUCUAAAGAGACGAGCUAUAAUCCUGGAUGGGUGACCUCUACUCCAACCCCCUUGGCCAGUGAAGCCCUCCUACUCAUCUCGCAGUGCACCCAGGCAGGGUCCCCCAGCUGAGCUGCAGACAUGUACCAGGAGGUGGCCUUUCUGGCUGGCAGCACAGAGCACCAGUUCACCACCUACCAUUUCAACCCCCUGGAGAGCACCCAGGAGGUCUCCUCUGCCAAGGGCCUGUUCUACAAGCGAGUCCAGCUGCUGCCCCAGCCCUGGCCCCGGCCCCAGCCUCAGCCCCAGCCCCACCCCAAGCAGGAGGACCAGGAUCUGGAUCAUGCCGACAGUGCCGCCAUCAUCAACGUGGGAGGAAUCAAGUACCGCAUCCCCUGGUCCACGCUGGAGGAGUUCCCCCUGACCCGCCUGGGCAAGCUGCGCGGCUGCAGCAACCUGGAGGAGAUCAUGGACGUGUGCGACGACUACGACGGCGCCCGCAACGAGUACUUCUUCGACCGCAGCCCGACCGCCUUCCGCACCAUUGUGACCUUCCUCGCGGCGGGGAAGCUGCGUCUGCUGCGGGAGAUGUGCGCCCUGUCCUUCCAGGAGGAGCUGGCAUACUGGGGCGUGGAGGAGGCCAGCCUGGAGUGGUGCUGCCUCAGGAAGCUGAGGCUGAGGCAGGAGGAGCAGCGCGCGCAGCAGAGGCUGGAGGACGAGGAGGCGGAGCUGACCUCGCCACAGUCCUGCGAGGAGUCCCAGCAGCCGCCCGGGGCCGGGGGCCCGGAGGAGAGCCGUACGGCGGGCUGCAUGCGCAGGCUGAGGGACAUGGUGGAGAACCCUCAGUCGGGGCUGCCGGGGAAGAUCUUCGCUUGUCUGUCGGUGGUGUUUGUGGCCAUCACGGCCGUGACGCUUUGCGUCAGCACCAUGCCCGACCUGAGGGAGGAGGAGGAGAGGGGCGAGUGCUCUCAGAGGUGCCGCAACAUCUUCGUCCUGGAGACGGUGUGCGUGGCCUGGUUCUCCCUGGAGUUCCUGCUCCGCUUCAUCCAGACGCCGAGCAAGUGUGUGUUCCUGCGAACGCCCCUCAACAUCAUCGACGUCAUGGCCAUCCUGCCCUACUACAUCACUCUCAUCGUGGACUCCCUGUCCGUGGGCGAGAAGCCCACCGGCUCCGGGAACAACUACCUGGAGAAGGUGGGCUUGGUGCUGAGGGUGCUGCGAGCCUUGAGGAUCUUCUAUGUCAUGCGCCUGGCCAGACACUCCCUGGGCCUGCAGACGCUGGGCCUGACCGUCAGGAGAUGCACGCGCGAGUUCGGCCUGCUCCUCCUCUUCCUGUGUGUCGCCAUGGCGCUGUUCUCGCCGCUGGUGUUCCUGGCCGAGAGCGAGCUGGGGGCCAAGCAGGAGUUCACCAGCAUCCCGGGCAGCUACUGGUGGGCCGUCAUCUCCAUGACGACGGUGGGAUACGGGGACAUGGUGCCGCGCAGCAUCCCCGGCCAGGUGGUGGCGCUGUCCAGCAUCCUGAGCGGCAUCCUGCUCAUGGCGUUCCCCGUCACGUCCAUCUUCCACACCUUCUCGCGCUCCUACCUGGAGCUGAAGGAGGAGCAGAUGCGCUCGCUGAGGCACAAGCCCGACUCGCAGGACAGCACCAAGUCCCAGAACAGCGAGGACUCCCAGGACACGGACAGCUUCCACGGCAUCACCGAGGCCGUCGCCAUCUCCGCCGCGCAGCGCAGGAAGUCGAUGGCCCUCGCGUCGCAGAGGGCCUCCGAGAUCGGAAAGUCCGUUCAAACUCCAAGUUGAAGUCUGCGUCUCGAGUCCGUCGUGCUUGGCUGGACGGAUGUUUGGUAUGACUUGGUAUGGAGUUAUCUUCACAGGUGGCCACUCCCUUUAAGCUUUGUAAUCUCCGUGCAUGAGGGUUCAUUAAAUGAGAGGUUUUUAAGGUUUUAUAAGAAAGCCGCUGGCGUCUUUUUAAAGACCUCAGUGGUACAAAGUUGACCAGAUGACGAGACUGUCGGAGGACGAGACCGUGUUUGACCAAUGACAACAUCCUGACAAUGAAGGAUUCUCCACACAGGAUGCAGACAGUGACUUAAGCCCUUCACAAAGCAGAGAGAAUGAAAAUCUAUAUUACUAGUAUGCGCUCAUUUCAGUUGGGGUGGGGGGGGGACUCUGGGACAGUUUUUUUGGCUGUAUUAGUAUUUGACAUUUUUAGUAUGCUUUGCUUUUUAGACUCAGGUUUAGCAUCUUUUAAUAAAUGGCAUUAAAACCUGGUUGUCAGGGCCCCCAGGGUGAUCCAAUCUACACUUUGUUACAUCCAAAGAUGCAUGGCGUUUGACAAGGUUUCAGGCAACUGGAAGCUUCCACGACAUAACCAAAUUGUUUCUCUGCCAAUCUGUCCAGGGUCUCUCUAGCUCCACAUCUGUUAUGAUGAAAAGUGAGAUGGCUUCUGUUUUCAGGAAUGGUCCUGGACCCAGACAGGAUGUAAUCCGAUAAAGGCUGAGUGAACCCAUAUGAAUUGUAGAGCAGAUAUCAGGGGAGGACCCUUUUAAAGGGAACUCCUGGGAGCCAAACCACUUUCCAGCUGUUUCUAGACGCUACAGGCCAGAGGAAGACAGGCUCCUAAAAAACAGAAAGCAUUCCAAUCAUGUUUUCUAGGAGCACAGCCAUACGGUAUUAUGUCAUGCAUUUGGGAAAGCCUACUUGAAACCAUUCUGCCAAUAUUCAAUGAUCAUGUAUCUCACCAGUCACGGUUCCCUUCGGGGCUUAUGUUUGACCCAUUUCCUUUCAGGGCCACUGCUGCUGUUUGUUGUGGAACAUUGUCCCUCAAACCAUUUGAAUAAUGCUAUCAGUUGGUGCCAACACACUGGUUAUUGUGAAAGCACAGUGCAUUACCAUUUAUGUGGUGUUGAUUUUUCUGGGUGGCACAAUGCCCUAACAAGGAGCCUGGAACAGAGCGCCCUUGACAGUUGUGGCUCAGCAGGAACAAUUACAGCCUGGUCACUCCUGUGCUGUUGAACCCAUCGCUCACACAAACAUCACCAUACAACACUGAUGGGACAAUGGGGAAAUUGCUUGUUCAUCUUUAUUGAGACAAUGCCACAAAAGCUCUCAUUGGCUGUACGGAUUCUUUAUCCUGUUCAGUUUGACACCUUGUGUUAAAAAAAGUGUUUGACAAAAUAAUGUUUGACAUCUAAAAACGGAACUGGCAUCAUUCUACAAAAAGAAUUAUACGUGAAAAACAAUACAAGUGAGAAAAAUAUAUAUCAAGUCGAACAUAAAAUGUUUUUUUUUGUGAUAACGUGGAAAGGAAUCAUUUUGGUGCAUUAAUUAGAAAGACGUGUCACAGUGUGCCAUAUACAUUGGGAUAAGAAAGGAAAUGGGCUUUUCACCAGGGUUUACAGAACAUUGGAAUAAUUUGGCUGAUUCAACUUUAAAUAUAACAAAAUAAAAAUAAAAAGGAAUACAACAUCAGAAAUCUGAAAUGGAAUGGUUAACUGCAAGUUGGCUGUCAUCAUUCUGGCCCUGAUUAACACUAGGGACAUUGUGCACCUUCAUACUGUUAAAACCACAGUCUUCAUUUGACAACAUGCCUCAUCUUUAUCCUCACCAUCAUCAUAAUGAUACAAAUUGUCUGAUAUAUACAGUAGCAGGUGUGUAAAAUGUUAUUAUACAGGCUUUUUCAAGAUUAUAAAAAUAAAACUUGAUAGAAUUGCUCCAUCCAGAUGUAUAACAUUACCACCAGAGCAACCACAGCAGCUGAUAACAGCACUAGCUGGUGUCAUCUUGGUAGGCUUCAACAGUGACCUACCAGAACCUACUCACAUGGUCGCAUGUUCGUGAUAACUCGAGGUAGAGUCUAGACAUGACCGUUCGUCAUAUCAUAGAAUAUGGACUCAUCACUCGGUAGUCUUCCUUGGCAACCAACAGCAGACCUACAACAUUCUAAAGCUGAGGAAUAAAUAUUUGUAUAAAAUUAAAAAGAGAGAUUGUUUACAACUGGCAAGAGGGAACAUCUGACUAGUGAUUGCCACAGAUAACGCACACUCCUGAAGGGGUUACUGUGGCCCUUAUACAUUAUGAAACACUGACAAAAAAGAAA